AUGGGCAGAGUCGGGGAAUUGACGACCAGGCUGCUGCUGGAUGAAGAGCCGAUGGGUGGUAUUUGCAGCCACUGGGCCAUCUGCCCCCGCAGGCUGGAGACGCGAGAUGUGGCGCAGCCGACGAUGACCUGUGAGCUGUGUGAGGAAAUCUCCCUCAAUCUCCAGUCGUUUUGGAGGGAAGGUGUGGAAAUGGGAACGCUGCAGCAGGAAGUCUGCAGAUUGUACGCCCACGAAUCCAGUUUGUUGUGCAUGGAUUUUAUUCAAUCCCACAAGGAGGAGAUCACCGAAGCUGUAGAGGAUCCCAGCUUUCACAAUCUGUGCUUGCAACUGCGGGUCUGCACUGAGAAGCAGCAGUUGAUUAACAUUGGAAGAGAUAAAUGUACCUGGGGACCGUGGUACUGGUGUUCAUCCAAGGAGCAUGCCUCCCUGUGUCGUGUAAGUUCAGAUUUAUAUCGCUGCUAUUCACUGGGGAGAGAAGAGAAAAUGUCUCGGCCACAGGCUGCCAAUCAAGCUAAAUUAUAA